AUGGCAGGUCCUCGUGGUUCUACUCAGGGAAGAUCUAGCAAUGCACCUGACGACCUUAUCACCACUAUUGGGGGAUUGGCCACUUUUGUCCAGAACAUGAGUCAGGAGUGGCGAGAAUAUAGACAGCAGAAUCCUGACCAACCCCAGAUGCCUCAACCUCAGAUGUAUGAAAAUGCUGAGGAAAUUGCCCGACGGAGGUUGAAAGACUUCCGCAACGUCCAUCCACCUAUCUUUGAAGGUGGAGAUAACCCUGAGGCUGCAACAAGAUGGCUGCAGAUGAUCGAGCACAUCUUUGAACGUAUGGGAUGUCCGGAGGCCCAGAAGACUGACUAUGCCUCAUACCAGCUAACUGGUGAAGCUUUAACUUGGUGGACCGGUGCUAGGGCUCUGCUGCGAGCCCAACAUAUUGGACUGACUUGGGCAGUAUUCCGACGGGUCUUUCUGGAUAAGUAUUUUCCAAAGGCGAUGAGAAGAAUGAAACACACUGAGCUGCUGUCUCUCAAGCAGGGAAGCAUGACUGUCAACGAGUAUGUUGCGAAGUUCGCGCAGCUGAUGGAAUAUGCAAACUUUGACCGAAACAUCUAUGACGAGGAAUGGCAGGUGGAGAAAUUUGAAAGCGGUUUGCACCCAGAGAUCCGGAAGCUCAUGCUGACUACGGCUAAUCGUACUCUACCGGAAUUAAUUAAUCAGAGUCGACAGGCGGAGGAAAUUAUCAGUGAAGCCAAGAAUCUGAACAAGCAACCAAUGCAAUCCCGGGGAGGAAGCAAAGUGGGCCGGUUUUUCAGAAAAAUUACCGGAAUGAACAAAGGCAAGGGUCCGCAGUUGCAGACUCGGAUUGGAAAUUUCAAGAAGACUAAUGCUCCUGGCCAAACAUCUGCUGGAAGACAGAGUUCCUAUGCUUGUCCAACUUGUGGGAAGAAUCACACUGGAGUUUGUCGACGUGGAAACAACUUGUGCUAUGGGUGUGGACAGUCAGGCCACUUUAUUUCUGAUUGCCCGCAAAAUCCUAACUGA